AUGAGAAGACAGCGCGUACUGAGGGUAAUGACAUACUGCCACCGCUAACAAAUUGAUACUGACAGCAUUGGCAGACAUCCUCAGCGCAAAGUCUCUGCAUCUUCUGCGCCUGUCGUCUCGGCUUCGAACUUCCUCCAUCCCAAUUCGCCCCAUUUGUUUCCAACACUGCACGGAGAGGUCUGACCAGUUCAUCUGCUUCUUCGCAAUCAGCUGCUGCGGCCGCUGCUGCUCCGAUUCCGAACAAUGGCGAUGCCUCGAACUCCUCCUUUCCGGGCUACGACCCUAAUUUCAGUCUCACAUCGGCCGAACAGCAGGAGAGUGCUCGUAAGCAGCAGAUACGUCAAGAGCAGGAGGCGCAACAGAAUGAUAUGAGACCUGAGCAGACUGGAAAGGUGGCGGAUGCGGAGCGAACUGCGAGUCGGCCGGAUCGAAGUGGAAAUGGGCAGUUGCGAACACCACGCAAUGACAUGCAGGUCCAAUUCCGAUCGGUGUCCCAUGUAGGAAACGGCGAUGGUGUCGAAGGGAUCCCCGGAGGUGUAGCGCUGAGCCAGAGCAUCUUUGGCAAGCAGCAAGCAAAAAAGGAUCGUCCGCAGGAAUCUGAUUCAGACGCUGCGAAUCUAAAGACUCGCAUGCUCUCGAAUGGCUCAAGUGAUGCAAGAGCAAAAGAGAAUCGUCCGCAGAAGGCUGGUCAAGACGAUGCGCGCAGAAAGGCUCGCGUGUCCUCCGAGGCAAAAGAGAACCGUCCGCAGAAGUUCGGUCGGGGUGCUACGGAUUCGAGAGCAACUCGUGGGACGUUCAGAAAGUAUGCGGUGGAUCCUUCGAUCGGCGAUAGCGAUGCAAGGCCCAAGAAGUCCCAACCACAGCGACAUGCCAAAGAUCGCGAUCAGCGAGAAAGCGGUAGGCUUUUCGGUCCGCAAGUCGAGCAGAAAUCGCUCACAGCGCGAGCAAUACCCAAGGUAGCCAAUCCCUUCGCUGCGCCAGCCAAGAGCGAGAAGGGAAAUGCCUCCGCAGCAGCUCCGGUGGUUGGAUGGGGUGCAAGCGCAACGCAGAUGCAUCCCGUGAAACACGCCCCUGAAUCUUCGCUAAAGCGACUAGAUCCAUCUUCCAACAUAGAAGCUACGGAAAGCGCUUCCGGUGGGCUUAAUCAGGACAUUGGAAUAUAUGAUGGACCACGCUCGGAAUCGCAAUCGGUACUCCAACCAGGUCAAGACGAAGUAGAUGGCAAAGGAGCACAGGAUUCAACAAUACCGAGACCUCAAGAAAUCCCGAUAGAGGUCUCUCCGGAGCUUCCAGAGGCCCUUUUCCGCACGAGCGAUGGGAUGACUGAUGAGAUUAUGGACCAGGCUUCUAUGCGAGAUGACAUUCCUGAUCCAGAGCCCUCAUCCCCAGAUCAUCAGGUACCGGAGAUGGAGGUGGCGAGACCUCAACAAAUAUCACCAGAGAGUGUUCACGACACAACACAGACGAAUGGAGACGCCGAUGCCGGUUUUGCGCAAGAAGUUGAGGCCGCUGAUAGACCAACUGAAGAUACCAUAUUACAGACGAGUGGAGACGUGGAUUACGCUUUUGCGCAAGAAGCUAAGACGGCCGAUUCACAAAUAGAAGAUAUGGUAUCGCCGACGAAUGGAGACGUGGACCCCUCCUUUGCACGAGAAACCCAGGCCGCUGAUUUACAAACAAAAGAUACGACAUUUUCGACACCCGCGGACUCCGUAUCUGACCGAUAUCAAAAGAUUGUGAACAAUUCAGUUCCCAAACCUGCAACGGGUAAUUUGAAGGCCUCCGAUGAUGCAGACGAAUGGAUCGGAUUUGGCUUGGAGGAAGACGGCAUGAUCGUAGACCAGCCGGAGGCCACGACCGAGGAGUACUCAGGGUACCCAGGUGUGUUCGAGGCCUACGAGGAACAGUACGAAGGAGCACAGCCAGGCGUCGCUCAGCAACGACCUGAGCCUGAUGCGACACAAAUAACGAAUCGCGGCAGGUCUCGUCAUUCAACCCAGCAGCGAUCAGAACUGCGACGCGCCAGCGACGAUCUGCCGCCUGGAGCAAGUAUUCGUCCCACGCCAAGCCCUGGAGCUUUCACGUCGUCCGAGAACAACGACAACCAUCUGCAAACGAAAUACUCUCGCGAUCAGAAGUCGCACUUGCAGGACUCCAAUCGAAGCGAAUCUAGCAACUGCGCGGUACCGCAGUACCCAGAGAAGUCUCAAGUGCCACCUCAGCAACCACAGCAGGGAGGCGCAUGGGGCCUAGGUGCUUUCGGUGCCGCUUUACAACCGAACUCUGAAUCUCAGGGGAGACCUUUGACGUCUUCCAACCCGAAUGAAUCCAGUCCAGCCCAGCAGCCUCGUGAUGCGCACGGCGUUGGCCAGAAACCUCAACAAGGCAACUACAGCGACACUGGAUACCGCGCGAUGCCUCUCGACCGGAGGGAGAUGCAGUCAAGUUUAUCUGAAGAAGACGUUGUUGGUGACUGGCAACACUUCCGCCGUCGGGAGUCUGAGGAAUCUCAGCAGCCGCAUCCACCAUCAGCGUCCCAACAGCAGCAGCAACAGCAGCAUAUGCCCCCUUUCCAGCAGAGAAAGAGCCGUGAAUUGGAUGUCCAGACUGUAGAUGACUUAUUUGCUCGACAUCAACAGCAAAGGCCGCAAAGAAGACCCGAGCCUACACUCAAUGCGGAGCAAAUGAGUUCGCAAGCACUUUUUAACGAUUCACAUUCAGGUCCAUUUCGCCAAAUGAAAUGUGCUCGCUGCGGUGAGCUCGGCCACCGUGCUCGGGAAUGCACUGGCCCCAACCGCAUGCGAUGCAAUGAAUGUGGUCAGAUCGGUCAUGGAAGCUGGGAAUGCCCUCAGAAGAAACCUUGGCUUCGCAAAGCUGAGGGUCAACGUCGUGAAAAUGUUGAACAGGGGCGAGUUCCAAAUCCUUUCGGCCAAGGAGCUACAGUGACGCACGAACCAGCGUCGACGGAAAAUCAGCUGCAAAUCCGAACACCUGUCUCGUACGGGAGUGAGUUUCCAAGAUUUCAAUCCAAGGCUAAAGAAAGUGAAAGUGCGGUCGACCAGCCGUAUUCCCCGUUUUCGGUCAGACCUCAGCAGCCGCUGGAAGACCGUCGACAGCGGGAAGAGAAGCCUCCUUCGAGCUUCAUCGACUCAGUUGCACCGGAUUCUGUGCAGGCGGAGGAGGAAGAAGUGCCAAGGCGCGCUCGUGAUAAAGCCGCUCGUGCUAGUCGCUGGGCCGAUGUCGAAGAGGAAGAUGACAGCCAGGACAUGCGCCGUCGCAAGGAUAAGAAGAGCGCCAGACGGAGAGGUGAGGACGACGAGGACGACGGUGAUGGUGCUCGUGAUGAAUAUCGCGCCAAAAAGUCCGCCCGCAAACUUCAGCAACAGAAUGAAAGAAAGCGAAACCGCGAGGCCCGGAAAGCUGAGGAGACCACUCCCAUCGCACUGCCAGAAUUCAUCAGCGUGCAGCAUCUUUCGCAGAUGCUCGACGUUCGAUAUGAGCAGUUUGUGAAGCGCCUCGAACAGCUUGGGUACGAUGACGUGUUCCCGGGAAAGACUCUCAACUCUGAGACGAGUGGCAUGAUCGCCAUGGAAUACAACUUCGAACCGACCUUCGACAUGGCUGUUAGAGAAGAGGAAGAGCGUGACCUAAAGGCGAGGCCCGCUGUCGAGGACACCUCACUCUUACCUACAAGGCCUCCAGUUGUCACCAUCAUGGGGCAUGUUGAUCACGGAAAGACGACAAUCUUGGAUUAUCUUCGCAAGAGUUCUGUUGCUGCCAGCGAGGCCGGAGGUAUUACGCAGCACAUUGGCGCUUUCAGUGUCCCGCUCUCGAGUAGCGGAAGGACUAUUACUUUCCUCGACACUCCAGGCCACGCCGCUUUCUUAGCCAUGAGACAGCGUGGUGCAAACGUCACAGAUAUUGUUAUUCUCGUCGUAGCGGCUGACGAUAGCGUCAAACCACAAACUUUGGAGGCCAUCAAACAUGCUAAGGGGGCUGGUGUGCCAAUAGUCGUUGCGAUCAACAAAGUCGACAAGCCUGAGGCAGACAUUGAGCGCUGCAAGCAGGACCUUGCAAGACACGGCGUAGAGAUUGAAGACUAUGGAGGCGACACCCAAGUCGUAUGUGUCUCUGGAAAGACUGGCCAGGGAAUGGACGAUCUUGAGGAAACCGUUGUCACGCUGUCUGAGAUAUUGGACCACCGUGCAGACCGAGAUGGUGAUGUUGAGGGCUGGGUUCUCGAAGCUACGACAAAACAAGCAGGCCGUGUUGCAACCGUACUUGUUCGUCGCGGCACGCUCAGACCUGGCGCUGUCAUUGUCGCCGGCAAGACGUGGGCUCGUGUCCGUACGCUGAAGAAUGAAGGCGGACAGACCGUCGACGAGGUUGGACCUGGUAUGCCAGUCGAAGUUGAUGGUUGGAAGGACCAGCCUAUCGCCGGUGAUGAAGUUCUCCAGGCGCGAAGCGAGCAGAAAGCCACCGAUGUCGUCGAAUUCCGUCUCGAACGCGAAGAGUUGAAAAGGAUGGCGCAGGACACGGAUGCUAUCAACGAGGCUCGUCGCAUUGCACAAGAAAAGCGCGAACAGGAGAAAGUUGCCGGACGAGCUGCCAAGCAUGGCGAUCCCGAGACAGAAAGCGACAAGCCUGCUUCCAAGGGGGAGCACGAUGAGCAGUCAGGCCAGAUGCUUGUUCCAUUUAUCAUCAAGGCCGACGUCUCUGGUUCCGUUGAAGCUGUAUCAGCAUACAUUAUGUCAGUCUCCAACCCUCUCAUUGCACCACAAGUGCUUCAGGCUGGAGUUGGCAAUAUCCACGAAAGCGAUAUCGAUCUCGCGGCUACAGCGCAGGGUCACAUCAUCGCGUUCAACCUGCCACCGGAUAACGAAAUGAAAGGCGCCGCAGAGGCGAGAGGCGUGAAGGUACUGGAGAACAAUGUCAUCUACCGUGUGCUGGACGACAUCAAAUCGGUGCUGGAGGAGAAACUACCUCCACUCGUGACACAGCGUGUUCUCGGAGAAGCAGAAGUCGGCGCUGCAUUUGAGAUCGGUAUCGGUGGGCGCAAAAAGCUGAAGAUCGCGGGAUGCAAGAUCCGGAAUGGAGUUGUUAACAACGGAAGCAUGGUCAGGGUAUUCAGGAAUGGGGAGAAGAUUUAUGAUGGUGAGUUUCUCCUGGAUUUGCAAGCCACCCAUACGAAUUUGACUAACGUGAUUUUCUAGGUGUCAUUUCGAGUUUAAAGAACGUGAAGAAGGACGUUCAAGAAAUGAGAAAGGGAACGGAGUGUGGAAUGGGAUUUGAGAAGUGGGAGGACUUUGAGGUUGGGGAUCAGAUCCAGACUUAUGAGGAGGUCUCGGAGAAGAGGAAGCUGUAA